AUGGAGUCUAACCUGCAGGGGACCUUCCUCUUGAACAACACACAGCUGGCCCAGUUCUCAGAAAUGAAGGCUCCCAUGUGCCAGUACUCGGUGCAGAACUCCUUCUACAAGCUCAGUCCUCCGGGACUUGGCCCCCAGCUGGCGGCUGGGACUCCCCAUGGAAUCACUGAUAUCCUGAGCAGACCGGUUGCCACUCCGAACAGCAGCCUCCUCUCUGGCUACCCCCACGUGGCAGGCUUUGGUGGACUCAGCUCCCAGGGCGUCUACUAUGGCCCCCAGGUGGGGAGUUUUUCCAAGGCUGGGAAUGAGUACCCCACCCGGACCCGGAACUGCUGGGCAGACACAGGUCAGGACUGGAGAGGCAGCGCUCGGCCAUGCAGCAACACCCCAGACCCCCUGAGUGACACUAUCCAUAAGAAAAAGCACACCCGCCCUACCUUCACAGGACACCAGAUCUUUGCUCUGGAGAAAACCUUUGAGCAGACCAAGUACUUGGCUGGCCCAGAGCGGGCGAGGCUGGCUUAUUCACUGGGCAUGACGGAGUCACAGGUCAAGGUGUGGUUCCAGAACCGCCGGACCAAGUGGAGGAAGAAGAGCGCCCUGGAGCCCUCCUCCUCCACGCCCCGGGCCCCGGGCGGUGCGAGCGGGGACCGCGCGGCCUCGGAGAACGAGGACGAUGAGUACAACAAACCGCUGGACCCAGACUCGGACGACGAGAAGAUUCGCCUGCUGCUGCGCAAGCACCGGGCCGCCUUCUCCGUGCUCAGCCUGGGCGCGCACAGCGUGUGA